CCCGCGCCGCCGCUCUUCAGAGCACAGCUGCACAGAAACGCACUCUGAGACCUCAGAGACCUUUCACAGAUCGGUGUCCUGCUGCGGUUUGGAGCCGUAGACCGAUCGUAGGCAUGAACAGAUUUUAUUCCCUGGAAGCGGGGGAGCCGCAGGAUGGGUCAAGAGCUGCGGGAUCGUUCAAGUUUGUACCGGAGGCGAAGAGGGAUGCGUGGAGGGAAGGUGGCGAGGGGAGAUCAGAGCCGUCCUGUUGCCUCAGUGUCAGAAACAUUUCCUACACCGUCAGUGAGCGUGUUGGACCGUGGUGGGACUUAACCUCCUGCAGGAAGCGAUGGACUCGCCAGAUCCUCAGUGAUGUCUCCUUCCACGUAGACAGCGGGCAGAUCAUGGGUAUUCUGGGUAAUUCAGGCUCGGGGAAAACGACACUGCUGGAUGCCAUUGCUGGCCGGAUCGGGAGCUCCGGCACUCUGCUGGGUGAGGUCUUCAUUAAUGGCAGAAAACUCAAGAGAGAGGAAUAUCAGGACUGCUUCUCCUACGUCUUGCAGAGUGAUAACUUGCUGAGUUAUUUGACAGUGGAGGAGACUCUGACUUACACAGCACAGCUGGCCCUGCAGAAACACUCAGUGGAAGCCAUCAAGAAAAAGGUGUCGGCAGCGAUGGCUGAGUUGAGCCUGAGUCAUGUGGCGCACAGUGUCAUUGGAGGUCGAAUCUUCCCUGGGAUCUCUGGCGGUGAGAGGCGGAGGGUCUCCAUCGCCAGCCAGCUACUGCAGGAUCCAAGGGUAAUCUUACUGGACGAGCCAACCACGGGCCUGGACAGCAUGACGGCCAAUCAGAUCGUGGUGCUGCUGGCAGAGCUGGCCAGGAGGAACCGCAUCGUCAUUGUGACCAUCCAUCAGCCGCGCUCAGAGCUCUUCAGGGUGUUCAGCAGAAUAGCCAUAAUGAGUCGGGGGGAGCUGGUGUUUUGUGGUCAGCCACAGGAAAUGGUGGAUUUCUUCAGCCAGUGUGGAUACGGAUGCCCAGAGUACUGCAACCCCUUCGAUAUCUACGUGGACUUCACCUCGGUGGACACGCGCAGCAGCGAGAGGGAGGCCGCCACGUUCAGUCGAAUGCACGAGAUCACGUCGUCCUAUCGGAGAUCCGCCAUCCACCAGAGCAUGCUGGACCGAAUGGAGCAGAGCCUGCAGCUGGCACACAAGCCUGCCAUCCCCUUCAAAAACAAAGAGUCACCCAGCGGCGCCGCCAAGCUUGCCGUUCUGGUCAGGAGAAAUGUCCGAAACCUCUCCAGGGACAGGAUUGGCGUCCUCAUGCGCCUGUCCCAGAACCUGAUCUACGGUUUCUUCGUGGCCUUCUUCGUCAUACAUCUAGACAUGGAUGUGACCAAGGGUGCGGUGCAGGACCGAAUAGGAAUGAUCUAUCAGUGCGUGGCUGCUUCGCCCUACACGGGCAUGCUCAACGCCGUUUCCCUCUUCCCUGCGCUGCGAGCCAUCAGCGAUCAGGAGAGUCAGGACGGCCUGUACAGCAAAUGGCAAAUGUUCUUGGCCUACAUCUUCCACAUCUUGCCCUUCAGCAUCCUGAGCGUCGUCAUCUUCAGCUCCUUCAUUUAUUGGACGGUAGGGAUGCACCCGGAGACCUGGCGCUUUCUGUGCUUCACCGCUGUGGUUCUUGUUCCCCAUAUUAUAGGGGAGCUGCUGACGGUGGUGCUAUUAGGAGUGGUCCAGGACCCUAACAUGGUCAACACUGGAGUGGCUUUACUAAACAUAGCCGGAGUCCUGGUGGGAUCUGGCUUCCUCAGGAGCACAGCACACAUGCCGGUGGUGUUUCAGUGGCUCAGCUACCUGACUUUCCAGAAAUACGGCUGUGAACUCCUCAUGGUCACAGAGUUCCUCCACCUGGAGUUCUACUGCAAUGUAACGAGGCCCUUACCUGGAGCUUGUGUGGUCACUACAGGAGAUCAGAUCAUAGACCUGGGCUAUCCCGGUGCUUUGAGCCGCUACACACUAGACUUUGUGCUCCUCUACUCCUUCCUCCCUGCUUUGGUUGUGAUGGGAAUAAUCGGCUUCAAGAUCAGGGACAAACUCAUCCGCCACUGAAGCAAAAAAAAAACAGAUUUUCACAUUUAAUGAUUUGACGUGACGUUCAUUAUGAAGAACUCUGUCUUCUGCUGAGGCUACUUGGCGCCUUUCCUCCUACGUACAGGAAACAACCCCAAAGCAAUUUAAAGAGAAAGUUGCAGCUACAAAGUCAGUCAGCCAGUGACUUUAAAGCAGCUUCUGCUCACUUUAAAGAGCCUCGUCUGUCUUCCCUCAUCCUUUUCUAAGCAAAUCAUUCAACACUUUUUCUUUUUUGUUGCCAUAUUUGUGAUAUUAUAAAGUUAUAUCUAACUGCUUUGGAACAAAUACACAUUUCUUUUGAACUUUUGAAAUUUAAACUUGAAUUUUGCUUUUAAACCAGACUUUAGAGCUCUUAAAGCGAGUUAACUCCUGUAAUUAGGGUUAGCUGUAAAGUCAGAUAAUCUAAUGAAAAAUACGUAAAUACCAGCAAUUCCUACAGGGACAACUUUGAGUUUAUUGUUAUUAUUUUUUUAGAUCUUUCUUUAAAUUGCCUGAAUUAGUACAAACAACAGCAUUAAAAGCGGUCCACCAGCAGAUCCAUAGUUCACACGGUGAGACAGAAAGGCCAGAUUUGGUGGCAGAUGAUUGGUCGAGCCAAAGAGCGCGGCGAUGUGCUCACAAAUUCAGGGAAAUCAAUCAGUGUUACGAUAAUCUUUCAAGAAGGUCACGCCUUGCAAGAAGCUCUACUUAAAACUCCCUCACAUCUGCUGACGGUGCUUAAAAACAUUUAAUUUGUAAAAAUGUUUCACACUGCCAGAAAAUAUAUAA